AUGCGUACUUCCUUCGCCGUCCUGGCCCUCUCGGCCAUUACUACAGUCUCUGCUCAGCGCAAGAUCUACACCGCUGCCGAUAUUAAUGUGGGCACUGUCACGAUCAACCAGAAAGCCAACUGGUGUGUCGCCGAGCGCAACACUUGCAAGGUUCUUUGCCAGCCCAACCCCACGACCAACGACUGCGACUCGACGACCCUGGAGUACUCUUGCAUCUGCCCGAACGGCUCCGCACCUGGCCUUGAGUACUACGAGCAGACCAUGCCCACUUUCAUCUGCAACAAGGCCUUUGAGGAUUGUAUCGCCGCCAAUGUUGGCGACAGGGCCGGCCAGACCAACUGCACCGAAAGCAUUAGGUCUCAGUGCGGUACCGUCAACGCCCAGGCUGACGAAGCCUCCGGUACUACCACCUCGGCUUCAGCCUCGGCUACCAACACUCCCACUGGAACCGGCAGUGCCGAUGCGGCGGCCACCACCGCUCCCAGCAGCUCCAGCUCUUCUGCUUGGGCUGCCCCGACUGCCAACCCUGCCCGCUACGGCAACGCUGCUGCCGUUGCUGCUAUUGGUCUUUUCGCCUACAUGCUCUAG